UCGAGUUAAAAAGACGUAUCGAUAACUACCGCGCACAUCACUAUCAUCAAAUCGGCCUUUCCUUCAGAUAUACACUUUGAUGGCAUUUGUGUGAUCAGUUCGUGUAGUAACUUAUUAAGAUGUUAAAAGUGUUUCGGAUACAAUAUUAUUUGUAUUUCACCAUAAAGUAACAGUUCAUCGAGGCUACAAAUUAAACCGUGCGAAAAAAAGAUAUAACCAAGAAUCUCAUCUAGUACAAAUGUUCGUCAUAGUAGUGGUGCUACUGUUAGCGGGCGGCAACGCAGCCAGCGUCCAUAGACAAGUGAAGCAAAUGACUGAAAACCACAUAGAUAGCGUACGAAAACCGCCAACAAAGAGUUUUAUAACUCUAUCGCGACGCCCGCCGGCUGUAAUCCCACACGAACCCGGCGCUGCUCUAGAGUUGACGUGCGAGGCGGUCGCCGCACCCGCGCCAUCUAUACAUUGGUUCAAGAACGACGCUCCAGUUUAUGAAUAUGAUAAAGGCUCCAAUGAAAUAAUAGAAGCGAACCCCACAUCGUUGGCACGUAUUUCAUCCACGCUGCUGGUGGCCCGUACUGACGCACCAGCCAAAUAUUCAUGUUUAGCUGUGUCGGGUCAGCACACAGCGCAUGCUAACACUAUUGUUUAUAGUACUGAUGGCAGUGUGGACAAUUCGGAGCGAGCCAAGCUUGUGCCAUUGGCCCCUAAAAUUGUCGUCUCAUACAAAGUAUAUGUCGACACGAUAGGAAGUAAUAUAGUGCUGCCAUGUGAGGUCAAAGGUCAUCCUCGGCCAGCGGUAACCUGGAGGGAUAACAAUGGCACUAUUGUUAAGAAAAGCGCGAGAAUGCAGGUGCUGCGUUCCGGAGCAUUGCGCCUGCGCAACGUUGCUUGGAGCGAUCUUGGCGCGUGGCGUUGUGGUGCCAGCAAUGCCUUCGGAGGAGCUGGCGCUGAAACCUUCCUUUAUCCGGCUCGGCCAAACGACACCGAUGGUUAGACGUCCACUAGCAAAGCAAGUUCCUGUGCAAGAUAUUAUUAGAGCGCUUCACACGAGGCGCGGUGCGCUGCGUUUUUAUACUUAAUAUUAUUAUUUUAAUGUAUUCAUGAACUUCUAAGUAUUCCUUGAUUUUUAUAAUUGAAUUCGUUAUAAAUUUCUUAACCGCCUUCUGUAUACUAGUUUAUUUUCCAGUAUUUUCUUUUGUUAAUGUAUUUAUAUAUUAUUAAAUGUAUCAAAGGAGACGUUUAUUCCGAUAUCUUCAUCGUAUGUUUGAUAUUAUGCGAUUAUUCGGCUGGACCGAUUAUUCGUUAGUAAAUUGUUUACUUAAAACAACAGUAUACGUACAAAUAUGAAGUUUCUCACAUAUUACAUAGCUACAUCUUGCCAUAUAAAAAAAUCCGUUCAAUAAAAAAAAAAAAAAAUUGAGUAUAAUAUUAAAUGUUUUAUCCGCAUAAACCUUUCAGUUUUGUAUAUUUUAUAUGUCAUUACUAUAAAUGUGAUCAUUAAGUAUACUGUGAUUAUAUAGAUUAUGAAAAUAAAGAAAAUGUGAACACA